CAAACCUAAUUAAUAUAUGAAACAACUAUUUUGUUAAAUUUUCCAUCGAGAAAUACAUAAUGUUUAUGCGCGAAUGUUGUAAGGUUUUAAAUAUUUCAAAUAAACAAAUAUUCAACUCAAUUCAAGCUACAAGGUCCAUAAAACGAUGGGUGUCCCCUACUUUAAGAGAGUUGAAAAGAAGAAAAGACAAAAUGGGACCUGAGCCUGUUGCAAGACGGUCAUCUUUUAUUGACUGGAAUUUCAAUGCGGAAUUAUAUGCAUUCAGCAAGCGCCUGAAUGAAAAUUUCAAUCUAACAUUACUUCAACAAGCGUUUACUCAGAGGUCAUAUGUAAUUCAAGAAGAAAUGAAACAAAUAGAAGUUGGAAUAGAGAAACCAGUUCUUGAAGUGAAGGAUAAUCGUUUGUUAAUUAUAUCUGGAGAAGAACUUAUUUCUGAAUAUGUAGAAAAAUUUUUACUACAAUCAUUACCCAAAUUGCCCAAAGAUGGAAUAAAUGCAAUCAAAUCAUAUUUAACCUCUGAAGAAGUAUUAGCAAACGUCUCAUCACAUUUAGGAACCAAAGAAAUUAUAUUGUCAGCGGAAUAUCCUGCAGAAAAUAAAUCUUUAAGUGACACCUUAAAAGCAAUAGUUGGAGCCCUGAACGAAUCAUCAGGAACUUUUAGGGCUUAUGAGUUCAUUAGAGAUUUCAUUUGUACACAGUUAAAUGGAAUUGAUGUUAACGAAUUAUGGGAAAUAGAUGACCCAAUGAAAAUGCUAAGUGAACUGUGCAAAGAUCAAGGUGAAAUUGAACCACGUUUAAUCGGUGAAAGUGCACCACAUACUAUACUAGCUACAUUUCAUGUAGGAAUUUACUUAAACAAGAAGUUGAUAGGAACAGGAUUUGGGGAGUCUAUAUUUAUUGCUAAGCAUCAAGCUGCCAUGGAUGCUUUAAGACAAAUAUUUGGAACUACCGAACACAUGAAGCCUUUUAACUUCUCUUUACCUGUACAUGAUCAACUUGAUGAUAAAAUGGAAAGAAAAAAUAUGUAG